AUCUACUGCCAAACUGCAGAAGGUCUUAUCGCAGAUUGCAAAUGACAUGCCACAAGUGUCAAAACCGAAGUUCUCCUCCACUACAACUAGUACCACUUCUGCUACUAGUACCACUGCUAGAACUAGUGCUAGUGCUAGUACUACUUCUACUGCUGCCGAACAAAUAAACCUGACUUUUCGUGAAGACAUUUUGCUUGACCACCGAGCGAUUCGAGAAUGCGCUAGAAAUCUGAUUCUCCGUGAACGAGCUGGCGAAGGUGGACGAGAUCAGGUAGAGCACGGCGACGACACUAGAAGGAGGAGAAUUACGGGGAGUGAAUGCUUGCCUACCACCUCUAAGUCUAGAAAAACACAAGGGCAAGAGCGAACUAGCCUGUAUUUGCAGUGGCGAGAGCAAAGGAUACCUGGGUUUUGCACUCCAUUACAGAUGGCGACUUAUUCGCGAAUUUUCAGCUUUCUCCUGGACUUGAAAAGCGCGAGAAAAACAUUACUAGAUACCCAUCUUCUGGUAGCCCUGAGAACGCGAUGUAGCGGUGCCGCUGAUGAACGAUUAUGUUGGUGUGUAUUUUACGUCAGUUAUUUUUUUUUUGUAGCGGGGAUGAGUGAGUUCAAAUCGCAGUUCAAGCUCCCACGUACGCAACGUGACUUUGAUUUGAUGUUUCUAGUAUCUUCCGCCCUAUAAAUAUUGAUCUUCCAGUCAUCAAUUCAUCUAUGUUUCUAAUCGUAAUCUCCAACCUUCCUAUAAUUGAGUCAUCCUCCAUUCUAUGUUUCUAAUUUGUACCCUGAUCCAGUCAGUGAGCCUUCUGCGUGCAGAGAUGUUGCAUUUUGUUACGUCUCUAGAGUCAACGAUGAUGUCACGAAUUUCCGAAUGUGCACGCGAAUUCGACAAGAAACUUCUUAAUAAGGGAGUAGAGGAACAACGUCUUCAAGAAAAGAGACAACAAAUAGGACAUGUUCAACAAGAAAGUAGGCAACAAGUAAGACAUGUUCAACAAGAAAGUAGGCAAGAAGGACCUCUUGAACAAGACAGUAGACAACAAGGACCUCUUCUUCUUCAACAACAACAAGCAGAAAGCAAAAAAGGGGCAGGAGCGUGCCGAAGUGGUUCUGAUACUUUCUUGGAUGAGAAUGCUCCUUUCUUGGAUGAGAAUGCUCCAGUCUUCGACUUCGCAGCACUACAACAAUCGCACUCAGACUUCUUAGAGGGCCUUCUUCAAGCGACGCUUCUCUCAGAUGAGACCUUGGUCGGCGACUUAAGGGCGCUGCUGCACAUCGCAGUCUCCUUCGUACACAGCUUCUCGCAGUCUGCACGUAACAUUAUGCAAAGAACAAGAUUGAGCUUAUUACGUUUUGCGUGGUAGAAGACGUUUUGACUUGUACCACGUAUUCUAUGACUACAACGUGUAAAAAUAAGCAGCAAGCUACAAGUUUAUGUUCUUUUGUAAAUAGCAGUACCAUUUGUACCAUAACCAUAAUCAUAGGACCUUUUAGUUAGAUGAUAGUAUUUCGUUUUUGAUGCAUCCGCUCAGUUUCAGCGUUUCUUAAGAAUUAUUUUUUAGUUUCGUUAUAGUCCUUCUCCUUUGUAUUCGUUCUAAUUUUCCCGCCGCCUGGUGGGUCCGACAGAGCGUGAAAACCACUCAGUAUCGGAAGGAGUUCCGCUGUACGUUGACGUUCGUGCUAAAACUCUUGAAAUUUUCGAUCGGGCGGAAAGAUAUUCAAGCCAUCAACCUCUUUCAUAAGCUGAACGGGAACGGCUUCUACAUCUAGGGAAGUCGGAAAUAGAGCCUUCUUGCAUAAGCAGCUCAAAGGUGAUAUGCAUAGGUUCCACCUCUAGAAGAGGAAGUACGGUCCAUACAUGUACUUAAGCAGAAGGGUUGAAGUACAGGCUCGACAUCAAGGUAGAAGGAGAAUCGGUAAAGGGAGGCUUACAACUACCUCUAA